ACCAUUCGGUUUGAGAUUUUAAUAGCAAGAAAGUGAUGAAGAGAAAAGGGUUCAUAAAGUUUUCAGAUAAGGAAAACAACAUGCGUAAUCCACAAGUUUUUAUGGAGUUGGGUUGUAAGACAUGUGAAUGAAAUAAAAGAAUCCAAACAUCCCUUCUUAAAUCUCAGUCAUUGCUUUUUGCUAAAUAUGUGCAAUCAAUGAAAUCUCUGAACUUAAACCAAAAACUUGAAAAUAAAUGCCAUCAGGCUCAUCUUUGAAAGUCUGAGGCCACAUUAUUCUGGUGGUGGUGUUUGGACAGUGGGGUUUGGAAUGUUUUAGAGUUUGAGGAGAAGGAAAAAAUGAGGACAGACUGGCAUUCAAAGAUCAGUGUUUAGUUUGAAAGUCCAGUGGUAUUUUGUGACUUCAUUCAUUCCUAGGGAUCCCUCACCACAGCUCCAGGUGAAAUCAGUGAGCUAUAAAGUAGGGCCAGGAAAAGCCCAGGCCUGAAACUGAUUAAAUUCUUUCACUUCCUUCCACCUUCUCUGGGAAUGCCCAGUGAGUGGGAUCAAGGUAUUCCCCACCCCCAGUUUAAGAAGAGAAACAAUCCAAUAUCCAAAAUGUUCAUGCAGCUCAUGUGCUGGAGAGUGGCACAGAAGACCGUGUGAAGCUGUGCUGUCAGAAGGAAAGGAUGGAGCCAUGGCACUCUCCUUUUGGGAGUUCAGUAAGGAGAAGAGGCAGGACACCACAGUUUGUAAGUCUGGCUGCACCUCCCAGGACGGAGAGGAUGGCUGUGGAUCAGGACUGGAGCAGUGUGUAUCCAACAGCAGCUGCCUUCAAACCUGCCUCUGUGCCUCUCCCAGUCCGAAUGGGUUACCCAGUGAAGAGAGGAGUGCCUCCACCAAAAGAAGGCAACCUAGAACUUAUCAAGAUUCCCAAUUUUUUGCAUCUUACUCCUCCUGCAAUUAAGAAGCACUGUGCAGCUCUUAAAGAUUUCUGCACUGAGUGGCCAAGUGCUCUGGACAGUGAUGAGAAAUGUGAACAGCAUUUUCCCAUUGAAAUUGAAACAGUAGAUUACGUUUCUUCAGGGAUUUCUAUUCGGAAUCCCAAAGCAAGAGUGGUGACCUUAAGAGUUAAACUUUCUAACCUGAAUUUGGAUGACCAUGCGAAGAAGAAGCUCAUUAAGCUCGUGGGAGAGCGGUAUUGUCGGGAGACAGAUGUACUCACAAUUACAACAGAUAGGUGUCCCUUGAGAAGACAGAACUAUGAUUACAGCAUGCACCUGCUCACAGUUCUGUACCACGAAUCCUGGAAAACUGAGAAGUGGGAGAGCGAGAAGUCUGAGGAAGACAUGGAAGAGUAUAUCUGGGAAAACAGUCACUCUCAGAAAAAUGCCUUGGACACACUGCUUCAAAUAAAAGCCUCAGAGAAUGUCAGUAAUGUCACUAAGGAGGAGCUACUGGCAUCUGAAGUGGUUAAGAAUUACAGAAACUCAGUCAUUGCACUUAAAAACAACGGCGAAACAGAAAGUAACAUGUCUCAGUACAAGGAAUCGGUGAAGAAAUUGUUGAAUAUACAAGCAUGAGAGCAGAGUCUGCAGGUAUGAUUAGGUAAUCAUUACAGAGAUGUUCAACUACUGUAUUAGUAUGUCUUAAUGAUAUGGAUGUAUAAUUAUUCAGAACCUGAAGCAAAAAAAUUAAUGAUGAGUUAAGUCCUGUCCAUUAAUCUUUUCCAUUGAAUAAAGUAUGUUUGGAUUCAUACUGGUAA